AUGGAUGAAGAAGAUAUUAUUGUCAAUGAGGGGAAUGAUGGUAGCAGGAGAAGAAAAAAGAAGGAAUCCAAACGUGAAUCCAGUAAGAGAACAAGGUAUGCAGAUUGGGAUCCUGAACUUGAAAACUUCAGACGUCCUUGUAAUCACAAUGGCCCCACAUAUGAGUGUGCCAAAGUGGAAAUGGAAGAUCUUUCGAGAAUCAGGAAAGACUUUUACGAAGAAGUCGACAAAAUACGACAGGAUAUUGAGCUAUGUCACUUUAUACCCGUUAUGCCUGUCAAACGACAUAGAUAUACCCGAGAAAUCAAACAAAGGAAUGCAACAGUUGCUUAUUUGCUCAAAUCUCGCAAAACUGCAAUGAGACUUUGUAAAAAGUUUUUUAUUGCUGUAUUUGGAGUAACAAAUCAGAGAAUAGCUACAGUUUCUGUAGCAUUAGAAGAAGCAAUCCAACUUGGAGAUACGGAGUGCAAAUCUGAAUAUCCCAACAGAGGAACGAAUCAGAGGACCACUAUCAACCACUUCGAAGGACAGCAUUCCCUAGAUUGGUUUAGGAUUAAGAAGAAAGAAAACCAAGAAAACGAAGACCCAAACAACCUAAAUAUGAGAAAAAAAGAAUUAUCUGAUCUCGAUGACAUCCUGCGUUCUUGUCUUGUAUCAAUUACCAACACUAAUUUGGGUGAUCAUGCUUGGACUCAAGCAAGUUUUCCAGUGAAUAAAGGUGGUCUCGGAAUACGUCGUACAGAGGAACUAGCUCUCCCAGCCUAUUUGGCUUCGGUUCACUCUGUUGCCGGUCUGGUUACCAGUAUUAUUCCUGAGUUCGUGGUCGAGAAUGAAGCUUCCUCGGCAAUUAGAGAGUGGUGCGGAUUAACUGGGUUACCUUCACCCUCUACUUCAGUUCAAAAACUUUGGGAUAGUCCACUAGUAAAUGAAGCUUGGGACAUAAUCAUAUCUUCCGCCUCCGUCUUUGAUAAAGCUAGACUUCAGGCAGUUUCAUUGAAAGAGUCUGGAUCAUGGCUCAAUGCAUUCCCAAUACCUAGCCUAGGUAAUUUCCUCGAUGACAACUGUCUGAGAAUUUCUGUUGCAUUACGUCUGGGUGCAGCAUUAUGCUGUUCAUAUAAAUGCAUUUGCGGUACUGAAGUUGAUGUAUAUGGUCAUCAUGGAUUGUGCUGCAAUAAGAGUUCAGGAAGAUACAUGCGUCAUUCAGCAAUCAACGAUGUGAUUAAACGAGCUCUCAUCUCUGGAAACGUUCAAAGUAUUCUAGAACCACCUGGAUUAUGCCGUGUUGAUGGUAAACGACCUGAUGGAAUGCCAUUGAUACCUUGGAAGCGUGAAAAAGCACUGAUUUGGGAUGUCACCUGUGUAGAUUCUUUAGCAGAUUCCAAUAUAGUUUCAUCUAUCAAAGCUGCUGGAACCCCUGCAUGUGAGGCUGAGAAAAGAAAGUGCGGAAAAUAUAAAUGUUUGGAAGACAAGUUUAUCUUCAUACCAUUAGGGUUCGAAACUUUUGGACCUUGGGGACCUUCAGCCAAAGAAAUGAUUUCAACUAUUGGCCAUUUGAUUUAA